AUGAGCAAACAGAGGGAGCAGCAAUGGGUAGCCCAGUCUCAGCGGUUGUGGCUAACCUAUAUGAAAGGUUUUGAACAGAAUGCCUUGCCCAAGUGUCCUUCCACAUGCUGCCCUCGGGUGUGGAAGAAAUAUGUCGAUGACACUUUCAUAAUUGUAAAUAGUUCCGAAACAGACAGCCUACUUGCAUGCAUGAAUAGCCAGCAACCGUCCAUCCAGUUCACUCUGGAGACUGAGCAAGGAGGGAAAUUAGCAUUCCUUGACACGCUAGUCCAAAGACACGAGGGCGGGAAACUCUUCACCUCUGUCUACCGCAAGCCCUCUCACACAGACCAAUACAUACCAUAUGAUUCUCAUCACGACAAAUCGGUCAAGAAGGGUCUUGUUAAAUGCCUGUUCGACAGAGCAGCACGUAUUAUAACUCACCCAUCUGAACUCCCGAAAGAAAGAGCACACAUACGUGGCGCCUUACACAGCAACGGCUACCCACGCCGUUUUAUCGAGAACACUUUCAAGAAGAAACAUCUCCUAAGGGAUCAGAAGGUUUUCAAGACUUGCCAUACAUAG